GGAUAGAGCGCCGCACUCAUCGUCGUCCACAGCGACCAAAGCCCCUUGCUCGUCGCUCCCCUUCUCCUGAGCAACCAUGCAGAGCGACGAUGUUAUAUGGUCUGUGAUCAACACUCAGUUUUGCUCGUAUAAAGUCAAAACUGUAACCCAAAAUUUCUGUCGAAACGAAUAUAAUGUAACAGGUCUCUGUACCCGUCAAUCAUGUCCUUUGGCAAACUCGCGAUAUGCAACUGUACGAGAAGUUGAUGGUGUUCUAUACCUCUUUGUCAAGACUAUAGAACGUGCCCAUUCACCAGCACACAUGUGGGAGAAAAUAAAGCUAUCAAAUCAGUAUUCGAAAGCUUUGGAGCAGAUCGACAAAGAGCUCAUACAUUGGCCCAAUUUCACCAUCCACAAGUGUAAACAGCGUGUCACUAAAAUAACACAGUAUCUUAUCAAAAUGCGUCGUCUGAAGUUGACCCAUCAGCCCAAGCUGGUUGGUGUGAAGAAGAAGAUCGACCGUAGAGAGGCAACUCGAGAGAGGAAGGCGUUAUCCGCCGCACAUUUGGAACGUUCUAUCGAAAAAGAACUUAUUGAAAGACUGAAAUCAAAAGCCUACGGUGAUGCACCUUUGAAUGUUAACGAGACCGUGUGGCAGGCAAUCCUUGACCGUGAGAAGAAGGUAGAUAGAGACCUGGAGAAAGAGGAUGGCAAUUUGGACUUGGUUGACGAUGAAACGGAUGGUGAAGAAGAAGAGCUGGAAGAGGAAGGAGAAUGGGGAGACAGGGAAUUCGUGAGCGACUUGAGUGGUGAAGAAGACGAUGAUGGUCUUAGCGAUCUGGAAGACUCUGAUGCUGCGGCUGGGGGUUCGGACGACGAAGGAGGUGAUUCCAGUGGAGAAGAGUCUGGUGAAAGCGAAGAAGAUAAAUCGCAAAAAUCGCCGGUGGCACUUGGCAAGCGGAAAGGAAGGUCAGGACCACAACCUAAGAUCCCGCGCAAGAAGGCAGGGAAGACGAGUCGAGCAGGACCGAGGGUUGAAGUGGAGUACGAGCAAGAAGUCGAGAGCGUCCCACUGCGUCGCUCGGCUUUGGCUAACUGGUAGAGUAUUGUGUGGAUGUCCGCUCAAGGUGAGGCAUCCGGGAAAAGAGUAUUACCACUCCGUCGCCAUUGGCAGAGAUACCUAGAUCUGCUCUGAUUUAUACAUCCAUGAUGGUGAAGCUGCGUUUUACUGGGCUGGGUAAAAUUAGUUUACAUUGUACAACACUACGUACUCAACUUGAGUACUUUCUGUAGUCGUAAUUAAGGGAUACUAUACCACACUCGCAGUUGGGUACAUGCCCUGAUUAUAACGUUAUCGGCAUGUACGCUAAAUCCCAAUAUGAUUUGAUCGUCUCGCGAUCGGACUUGGAUAUUCACG